AUGACAUUAAGUUCAGAAAGAAGGAGAUCUCGUAGUUCUUCAAUCACAAGAGCUCGUUCCUUUUCUGCAUCUAUCAAAUCAAUCUUCAAAUCAAGUCAUAAAUCCGACGAUGACGAAGAAAUAGACCCAAGAGAUCAUCCAGAAUCCGUCAAAUCCUCAUCGAGUCGUUCAAGACAACAAUCACCUGCCUCAACGAAAACCGUAGAUCAAAAUAAAAUACUCACGAAACUUACGGAGGGUAAAGAAUCUGAAUUAUUACAUUCUAGGAACAAUAGUAAUCGAUCAAUGGGACCUCCCCAAAGUGCACGUGUCGCAAGUGCAUCUUCUACUAGAAAAAAUAGUAGAUCAACAAUCUCCCCAACAAGGGCUAUGUCAAUUAAAUCGGAGGAAUCUUAUGUAUCGGAUGAAGAUAAUAUGAUGGAUAAAGUUGCAUUUCCGAAACCGGAAGCAUUUUAUGAAAGUGAUACAGAUUCAACUAUUAGCACUAUUGAAGAAGAUCGUAUAUCGAGAGGUAGAGAACGAGGUAGAAAGAGUGAUAGAGAUAGAACAAGAGCCCAAUCUAUCAACACGGGGAGCAUAUCUGAGGAAAUGAAUGACCUUUCCAUCGAUACCAUGUUAGAAUCAAACAAUUUACCAAGACGUACAGCAUCUACAAAAUCUUUUUCUGUAAGAUCUACUAGAACUGGUGCAGAUCAAAGCAAUGGUACGUCGAUUCAACCUUCAAGACAAAAUUCAAGUAAUCGUCGUAGAAAUAGUGCUGCAUUCAACUCUAGGAGUGCGAUGAAAACUGUACCAAUAUUAGCAUCUCAGUCAUCAACAUCUGCGACAGGUAGCAUCAGUAGACAUAAUAGUACUAGUAAAGCUAGAUCGGCUGGUAACUCCAAUAAUAAUGACAUCAAGAAAUCGAAUUCAUUAAGAAAAGUUGAUUCUGCGUCAUCUGUAUCAUCAAUGACAAACAGAGAGAAUAAAACAACAAGACAAAAUAUACGAGGAAGACCACAUGCUGAUACAGUGUCAGCUUCAAAUUUGCAACAACAUUACCAUAAUGUUAAUUGCUACCAUUUUCCAAAUGAUGAUGCAAAAUGUAUACUUUCAGUAGAUAACUUCAAAGUUUUUGAAAAUGGUACACAUGAGCACAAUCUGAAGACUAUAUCACUUGUCCACGAUUCAGGUGAUGGAUCUAACUUAAAAUCACUUGGUAGUAUGUUUUCAUUCUCUGGUUUCUUUAAACCACAUUCAAAAGUGGAUGAUAAUUCCUCCAUUCAUAAUGAAAAAGACGAAGAUCGACUGAUACAUUUUAAGGAUGCCAUUUCAUUAAUACCAAAGAAGGCUCUUCAUAGUACAGAGACCCGUUCAAGGAGUAACCCUGGCGAAGAUGACGAUAGCGAUAUUAGUAAUGAUCAUGAUAGCGAUCCUGACAAGAAAAAAAGUAGUUCGAAGAAAAAUAUUCCACAGGUUGUCAAUCCAAAGGCAGCUGUUAGUUCUGACGAAUUAGAACUAAUUAAUACGCUAUCAAAGAAGAUAUUAAACGGUCUGGGUGGGAAAAGAAAAACGAGUACAACUUCUCCUGAUGAUCCCAACUCUCCUGCUGUAUUUAGUCAACUAUACGGUAGAUCAAUUGGAACUAUUGGGCAAGGUGCUUAUGGUGUUGUCAGUGUCUCUUCGAGACCAUUAUUAUUAGACGAUGUACCGCCAUACCCUUCAUUUGUCAAAGAUAAUAGAAUGUAUUUUGCAGUUAAAGAAUUGAAACCAAGAUCUAGUGAUCAGGUUGAAAAAUUUAGUACAAAGAUUACAUCUGAAUUUAUUAUUGGACAUUCUUUGAGUAGGAAAAAUAAAUGUUUAGGUAGGGCACCUCCUAAUAUUCUUACAGUGAUCGAUUUAAUGGAGAAAGAUAAUACAUUUAUUGAGGUGAUGGAAUUUUGUCCUUCUGGUGAUUUAUACAGUUUAUUAACCAGAAAGAGUAAGAGUGGAACAUCAUUACAUCCAUUAGAAGCUGAUUGUUUUAUGAAACAACUUUUAAAUGGUGUUAAAUAUAUGCAUGAUCACGGUGUAGCACAUUGUGAUUUAAAGCCUGAGAAUAUUUUAUUCCAACCUGAUGGAUUAUUGAAGAUUUGUGAUUUUGGUACAAGUUGUGUAUUUCAAACUGCAUGGGAAAGACAUGUUCACUUUCAAAGUGGUGCCAUGGGAUCUGAACCAUAUGUUGCCCCUGAAGAAUUUGCAGUCAAUAAUGAAUAUGAUCCUAGGUUGGUUGAUUUAUGGAGUUGUGGUGUUGUUUAUUGUACCAUGGUAUUAGGUCAUUAUUUAUGGAAAAUCGCAACUCCAGGGACUGAUCCAUUAUACGAUUCCUUCGUAGAAGAAAUGGAAGAAGAUAAACAAUUUUAUUUAUUUGAAGAAUUAAGACAUGUGAAUCAUGAUAUUAAUAAAUUAAGAAAAAUUGCCCUUUAUAAAAUAUUUCAAGUGGAUCCAGAACGUAGAAUUACAGUUGAUCAAUUAUUAGUAAGUUCAUGGAUGAAACGUACCAGAUGUUGUAUUAGCUACAAGAAAGUUGGAUGUUGA